UUUAAAUUUUUUUUUAACAGUUGAUUUUAUUAAUUUCUAUUAUAUAGAAGAUAUAGUCAAUGAGGAUAAAGUUAAUAUUGUAGAGCAUAACAAUGAUGAGAUAGAAGGACACAUUCAAGGGGAGAGCACCAGUAAAAAUAAAAACAAUGUAGAUUUUUUGCCAGGUAGUUGCAGUCAUGGUGAAUCUGUGCAUUUUAUUUGAAAACUAUUGCAAAAAAAAUAUAUAAUAAAAAAAAAUUUUUUUUAGAUUAAAUUUAUUUCAAUGUAAUUGUAUUUAUUUUAGAUAUUUCGAUGAUAAAAUUUCCUCCUUUUACUGCAAAGAGAGGGCGUCCUAAAGGAGCAGAGCUCACAGUAAUUGGAUUGCCUUCCAAGAAAAAAAAGUAUAGACAGGCUUCUAAUGGAAAACCAGUUCCUUUUAUCCAAAAACAACCUAAUGAAAAAUUUGAAAUUAUGCUUUGUUGGUUAUUGUCUAAAGAGGAUGUUAAAAAAGCUAUGGAGGGUUCUUUGAUGGAUAAAAAUAGUGUAGAGGUAUGCCCAGAAAAAGUACACCCCAGCAUAAUAGAUGAUGCUAUUAAUGUUGGGAGUAUACAAGCAUUCUUUACAAAGGAAGCAUGGCUGCUGGUUAAUCAAGUUAUUGAUAAGGUGAAGCUUGCACCUAACUGGACAUGCACAGUUUGUAAAGAAAGAGUUGAAGAAGAAUGUAUUAGUUGUGACUCAUGUCUGAAUUGCUACCACUUUCAAUGUGCUAGCCUGAAAAAGUCCCCAAAAUCUAGAUUUUGGUUUUGUAAAAACUUUUUAUGUUGUGAUAUGUGUCACUCAGAUGACACAUGUCAUUCAGAUAAUUUAUGUCUUGUUUUAUGUCACAGUAUUUGUAUUAUAACAAUAGAAGAAUUUUAUAAUCUGAAUAAAUUACUAAGAGUUUUAAAUGGGGCAAAAUAA